AUGGAAGAAGAGAAGAAGGCCGAUCUGGCACCCUCGGUCCAGUCUGACUCCAUGCCAUCUGAGGGUGGAUCAUGGACUCAAGAUGAAGAAAAGGCAGUCGUCAAGAAGCUCGAUUGGUACCUCAUGCCCCUCCUCGUCGUCGGCUUUUACGUCCUCCAGCUCGACCGGACCAACAUCGGAAACGCAAUGACAGACACCCUAAGCCAGGACCUCGGCAUAUCGAACAACCAGGUCAACGUCGGCAACCAGCUCAUGUUCGCCGGCAUCGUCGUCGCGGAGAUCCCCUCGAACCUCAUCUUGCAAAUACUCGGCGCCCCCGUCUGGCUCACGUUGCAAGUCGCCAUCUGGGGCACCAUCGCCCUGACGCAGGCCUGGUGCACCAACGUCGACUCUUUCUACGCGACAAGGUUCCUGCUGGGCGUGUUUGAAGGCGGCUACGUGCCCGGGUGCCAGUACAUGCUCGCGUUGUUCUAUAAGAGAGACGAGCUCGCGUUGAGGACAUCCGUGUUCUACUUCGGCAAUUAUUCGGCUGCCGCGACGGGUUCUUUGAUCGCUGCCGGCAUUCUGCAGCUCGGGGGCAGGGGGGGACUCGCUGGAUGGCAGUGGCUCUUUGUCAUUGAGGGCACAAUCACGCUCCUCAUCUUCGCAGCCUUUGUCAUCUUUCUCCCCCGCAGUCCAAGACACACGAGGCCGAUCCACGGCUGCUUCGACCUCUUCAGCAGCAGGGAGCGCACGAUCCUCAGCAACCGCAUCCUGCUCGACGACGAGUCCAAGGGGGCCGAUAAGGCCGACAUGACGCUCAAGAGCCUGGGCAGCGCGUUCGUCGACUACCGGCUCUGGCUGCACAUGAUCCUCAACCUCAUCAGCCUCACGCCCAAAGGCGGCCUCCUCAUCUACGGCCCCACCAUCAUCAAGAACCUGGGCUUCUCCAAGAUCAACGCAAACCUCCUCAGCGCCGUCGGCAACGUCCUCGUCAUCGUCCUGUCCUUCGCCCUCUCCGUCGCCUCGGACAGGACGCGGCUGCGCGGGCCGUGGUGCAUCGCGGGCUUCGUGUGGUCCAUCGCCUUCGCCGGAGCGUUGUGCGGGCUGCCCCUGGGGUCUGACAAGUGGGUUCGGUACGCCAUGUUCACGCUUCUGACGGGAGGCAACGCGCUGGCGCAGGCGAUCAAUGAUGCCUGGCUCAGCAUCAACUCGACCAAGGCCAGCAACCGGAGCGUCGGGCUGGCCAUGGCUGUCAUGGGCAGCAACCUGGGCGGGAUCGCUGGGCAGCAGCUCUUUCAGGAGUCCGACUCGCCGAGGUAUUCCAAGGCUUUUCUCGCAAUCUUGCUGCUGUAUGGUGCGUGUAUUCCGAACACACUCGGACUCAUGUACACGUACUGGAGAAUGAACCGGAAGACAAAGACUGCUGGCGAAGAUGACAAUAGCGCUGUCGCUGAGAGGCGCUUUGAUUUGUAG